CUCACAAGAGAAGUUGAGGGCAUGUAGUCUCAAUUUUACCAGACUCACUCAGAAGAUUCAGAGAGUUGGUUUGGCAUUAAAACUCAGCACUUACAUUUACAGGUUCUCAGUAUUGGAAAUGAGAAGGCAAAGAGAGGCACAAAUCAAGUUCACAGUGGAUGGCAACUAGCCUGGGGAGCAUCUCGAGUCCAGAAUCUGUCCCAAAGAGAUCGGAGGUUUCCAAGCAAGGACAGGAAUAACGAAGGCUGUGUGCUAGCUGCAUCCUUUUGAACCACCCGGGAAGGAAGUCCAGAGUGUGGUCAGACAAUUGCAGCACUCGGAGUAAAUGAGGAAUGGACUCGUGAUUAUGCUGAGAUUCCAGAAUGAAUCUGGUCGACCUGUGGCUAUCCCGUUCCCUCUCCAUGUGUCUUCUCCUCCAAAGCUUUGUUCUGAUGAUACUGUGCUUUCAUUCUGCCAGUAUGUGUCCCAAAGGCUGCCUUUGUUCUUCCUCUGGGGGUUUAAAUGUCACCUGUAGCAAUGCAAAUCUCAAGGAAAUACCCAGAGAUCUCCCUCCGGAAACAGUUUUGCUCUACCUGGACUCCAAUCAGAUCACAUCCAUCCCUAAUGAGAUUUUUAAGGACCUCCAUCAACUGAGAGUUCUCAACCUGUCCAAAAACGGCAUUGAGUUUAUCGAUGAGCAUGCAUUCAAAGGAGUAGCAGAAACCUUGCAGACCCUGGACCUGUCUGACAACAGGAUUCAAAGCGUGCAUAAAAAUGCCUUCAAUAAUCUGAAGGCUAGGGCCAGAAUUGCCAACAACCCCUGGCAUUGUGACUGCACUCUCCAGCAAGUUCUGAGGAGCAUGGCAUCCAAUCAUGAGACAGCACACAAUGUAAUUUGCAAGACCUCAGUGUUGGAUGAGCAUGCUGGGAGGCCGUUCCUCAACUCUGCCAAUGAUGCUGACCUUUGUAACCUCCCUAAAAAGACCACUGACUACGCCAUGCUCGUCACCAUGUUUGGCUGGUUCACCAUGGUGAUCUCUUAUGUGGUAUAUUAUGUGAGGCAGAAUCAGGAGGAUGCUCGGAGACACCUUGAAUACUUGAAAUCCCUGCCGAGCAGGCAAAAGAAGGCAGAUGAGCCUGAUGACAUUAGCACUGUGGUAUAAUGACCACACUGACUGGCACUGGGAAAGGAGCUUCUGGUUGUAGUAGGAUAAGUGGUUCACUUUUCCCUCCAUUGUACACGUUUAAAACUUUGUAUUUUAGUUUCUUUGGAAUCACGCCACUGUUGAAAUUUUCACAAACACCACAACACUAAUAAUUUUAGUUUAGGUGAUCUUCUCCCAUUCAUUGUGUCCCUGGCUCCUGAGUAACAAACUCUCUGAACAUUAGUUAGACUCAUCUCACUAUUUAAUAAUGAAAUUUAUUUUUUUAAUUUAAAACUGAAUAAAAGCUUAACUUUGAACCAUGGAAAA